UGGCGCGCUAUAUGUAUCUAUCUAUCUAAUCACUAUCCUCUCUCCGUCGCGUAGUUCAAGGAGCUCUCCUUUGAUUAUCCUUAAAUAUCUCUCUCUCAAUUUCUUCUACCUCCUCCUCCCAUUUCUUUUUCAUUGCCCUUGUUACGGAACCGGAACAUGAACACUUCAUCGUCCUUCAAGGCCCUUUCUUCUCCUCCUUUGAUUUCUACCUCUAGACCAACAAGAAAAUCUUUCCCUAACCCAAGAUUUUCAAGAUUCUCUCCUAAACCCAUUACAUGCAUGCGCGAUUCUCUUAAUCUUGGUUCGAAUCCAAACGUUCCAAGCCCUCUUUCUUUCGCAACGGUAUCCGUUGAAGCUCCUUUAGGAACAAAAACCUCCGACAAGCUUCGCAUCCUCGUAUCCGAGUUCCGGUCCUUAACCGAACCGAUCGACCGUGUCAAACGUCUCUUAAACUACGCGGCGGCUCUAGCCCCGCUUGAUGACUCGGCUCGCAUCUCCGCGAACCGAGUCACGGGGUGUACGACUCAGGUAUGGUUGGAGAUAAAGAUGGAUGAGUUUGGGAGGAUGAGGUUUAAAGCAGACAGUGAUUCGGAGAUCUCAAAAGGGUUCUGUUCUUGUCUUAUCUGGAUCCUCGACGGUGCUAAGCCAGAAGAUGUGAUGGGCGUGAGAAGCGAGGACUUGUCGGAGAUGAACGUUGGGGUUCACGGCAAGGAACAGUCAAGGGUUAACACGUGGCACAACGUGUUGAUGAGUAUGCAGAAACGGACCAUGAGUCUAGUUGCUGCUGACGUGGCGCACCAAAGAGGACAAAGACCACCGCGUGAUCAGCAUGAUCUCUUAUUUAAAUACGUUAAUGGAAGUUACAUGGAAUCUGCUAAGGUUCAUGAUUAUUCUAUUUCGUUGCUUCCCUUGUACUAUGAUUUUACUAUAUGAAUGUGUUUUUGGUGUUCUUUAGAAUAUUGUAAAGCCCGAUUUGGAACAUAAAUUCAAAGUUUGUGUUCUUUGUAUUUUGCAAAAUCAAGUUUGAGGAUAAACACUUCUAAAUUAG